AUGGGCCAAGCUGAGGCUCCUACCAAUCCCAUCGAACACGAAGACUCGAGCAACAGCCACGUAGAUCGACCGCAGAAGCAAGAGGCCGACGCGGACAUACCCACCAUCAUUGAUGAGCAUGGAAGGGAAAUUGUGGGGAGGGUACCAGACGAUCAGGGCAAGGGCGCUAAAUUGCCAGAUCAGGCUUGGAGAUUCGCACCCCUUUCAGUACCUCGACAGAGGAGGCUCCAGACACUAGGCGUCCUGUUAUGGGGCGUGGGCCUGCCCGUUUGCGUAUCCCUCUUCUUCCUGCUCAUUUCUCUUCCGCCUUUGUGGCCCCUACUCACUGUAUAUCUCAUCUGGAUGUGGUUCGACGAUGCACAUGAAAGUGGGGGGAGGAAGGUCAAGUGGGUGAGGAGGCUGCCCAUCUUCAAGUACUUUGCAGAAUACUUUCCCGUCAGCUUGAUCAAAACGGCUGAUCUCCCGCCCGAUCGUCCAUACAUUUUCGGCUACCACCCACAUGGCAUUAUCGGCAUGGGAGCUGUAGCGACCUUUGCAACAGAAGCCCUCGAAUUCUCGGAUACCUUCCCAGGCAUCGAGCCCCGCCUAUUGACCCUUGCUAGCAAUUUCAAGAUUCCCAUCUACCGAGACUUGCUGCUGGCAAUGGGUCUCUGCAGUGUAAGUCGGAGGAGCUGUGAGAGGGCUCUCAGAAAGGGCAAAGGAUCGAGCAUCACCAUUGUGGUCGGAGGAGCAGCAGAGAGCUUGAAUGCUCGACCAGGGACGGCGGACUUGGUCUUGAAGAGGCGUCUGGGGUUCAUCAAGAUUGCAAUGAAGAGCGGCGCGGAUCUAGUGCCCGUCUUCGCCUUUGGAGAGAACGACAUUUACGAACAGCUGGCAAAUGAAAAGGGCACAAAAGUAUACACGCUGCAAAAGCGUUUCCAGGCCAUCUUUGGCUUCACACUACCCUUGUUCCACGGUAGGGGCGUCUUCAAUUACAACUUUGGCUUUCUACCCUUUCGACAUCCGAUUGUCAGCGUUGUGACACUCGCCUUUUCCCCGGUGCCUCCCACCUACACCAUCAACCCAGUCGGUCGCCCAAUUCACGUGACGCAGUCUUCGAAUCCAACAAAGGAACAACUUGAUGCAGUACAAAAGGAGUAUAUUGCUGAGCUGAAUCAUAUCUGGGAUACUUGGAAGGACUCGUAUGCUGCGCAUCGUAGGAGGGAAUUGACCAUUGUUGAUUGA